UCCGACGUCGUCCGGAAGUCGGGUACUGGUCCCAUCAGUACCUGGACGUCUGGUCUUGCCGCGUGCGGGUUCCUGCUCUUCCUCCUUAGGUGACCCUCGGGCAUCGCCGCCGGCCCCUGACAUAGUGCACAUCGGGGAUUCCGUCGCCCUCGGCUCGUCUCCGGCGUGACUCCCACCCUGCUUCCCCGCGGAGUUUAUCUGCCCUGUAGGGGGCUGUGUGCCGCCCAUGGCGGGGGCCGCUCCGGCCACAGCCUUUGGGCAGGCGGUGAUUGGCCCUCCGGGCUCGGGGAAGACCACGUACUGCCUGGGCAUGAGUGAGUUCCUGCGCGCGCUAGGCCGGCGCGUGGCGGUGGUGAACCUGGACCCGGCCAACGAGGGGCUGCCGUACGAGUGCGCCGUGGACGUGGGCGAGCUGGUGGGGCUGGGCGACGUGAUGGACGCGCUGCAGCUGGGGCCCAACGGCGGCCUGCUCUACUGCAUGGAAUACCUGGAGGCCAACCUGGACUGGCUGCGUGCCAAGCUCGACCCCCUCCGCGGUCACUACUUCCUCUUCGACUGCCCUGGCCAAGUGGAGCUCUGCACGCACCACGGAGCCCUGCGCAGCAUCUUCUCCCAAAUGGCGCAGUGGGACCUUAGGGUGCGUCUGGGGUUCGGCAGGCUAAUUUUGCAGAUGGAGGAACUGAGACGGGGGGGCAGAUGCCAUGCGCCCAUGUCCCACAGCAAGCUGACUGCUGUCCAUCUGGUGGACUCUCACUACUGCACAGACCCUGCCAAGUUCAUUUCUGUACUGUGUACCUCCCUGGCCACUAUGCUGCAUGUGGAGCUGCCCCAUGUCAACCUCCUCUCCAAGAUGGACCUCAUUGAGCAUUAUGGGAAGCUGGCCUUCAACCUGGACUACUAUACAGAGGUCCUGGACCUCUCCUACCUGCUUGACCACCUGGCUUCUGAUCCUUUUUUCCGCCACUACCGUCAGCUCAAUGAGAAACUGGUGCAGCUCAUCGAAGACUACAGCCUGGUCUCCUUCAUCCCUCUCAACAUCCAGGACAAGGAGAGUAUCCAGCGGGUCCUGCAGGCUGUGGAUAAAGCCAAUGGCUACUGCUUUGGGGUCCAGGAGCAACGGAGCCUGGAGGCCAUGAUGUCUGCUGCAAUGGGAGCUGACUUCCAUUUCUCCUCCACCCUGGGCCUCCAGGAGAAGUACCUGGCACCCUCUGAGCAGUCAGUGGAGCAGGAGGCCAUGCAGCUAUAGCAACAAGCUGGGCUCUGGAGAGCAAGACGCACGACCCAGCAGUGGGGAAAGUGAUGGCUCCCAGAGAGCAGCGGACAGCUCAGCAGCUCUGCAGAUCUAAGAGCAGUCCUCCCACCCAGAGAUGGGAGACUGGCCAGGGGACACUCAGCCCUGCAGAGGACUUCUGGCCAAAAGCCAGACAUGUCACCAAGCAGAACACCCAUUACACUCUCAGUGUUCACGAGCUCUGGACGCUGCCACCGGGAAUUCAGCGCUGGCCCCGCUCGGGCUAUGAUGGAGUGUGCUACAAGUUUAUUUUCUACUUUUUGUGGCUUCCAAACUUUCUUCAACCACCCAGGCCAAGAGAGUUGGGAAUGGGGGGUUGGGAACUUGGGAAUGUCACCUUUCCUCAGAAGAGCCGUUUCUUCACAGGACAUUGCUUCCCCCAAAGCACAGGGUUAUAUCAGAGGAUUGAUUCAGAGUCUCCAGUUGUGCACUUUUCUUAAUCUUCAGUUUGAACAGUGAGCCUCAUGCCUGAGCUUUCACAGGCAAGACUUCCUAGCAGAUCUUACAAUGUUUUAUUUUCAUUGUAUUUAUUUCAGUUUUAUUUUUUGCAGGGCAAGUGUUAAUUAGUUUUCCAUUUAUAGUUGUGAUUAAAAGUUUACUUUAAAAUGAAAUCACUUAUACAAAAUGAGUUGUUUAAAGAAAAAUAUUAGUGUCUAAUAUCAUACCAUGAGGGUUGUAGCAAAAAUUAAGACGGCUUUAAGUUGGAAAUGCUGGUGUUUGCUUCCUUUGCUCUUCUUGCAACUGGUUGGGUGCAAUUCCUAUUUUCAACCAGCAGGUGGCAUUCCAGGCUUACUUUUUUAAUUUUAAUUUUGUUUUUUCAGUUGUAGUCUAGAAACAGAAGGAAACAGAUGGCAGUUGUGCCAGAAGUCUUAUUUGCAGACAUUCCAUCCAGUUAACACAUGGGAAAGGCUUAGCUUUUUACAAAGGGCUUCCACACACAGUCCUCAUGUGGCUUUUAUAGCAACUCCCAGAGAUGUAGACAAGAGGGGAGUAUUAACUAAGCUGCACUUUUACAGUAAGGAAACAGAAAGAUGAGGAGUUUGAACUCCGGUUAGCCUCUCAGUUCACUUUGCUGACUUCUUAACUGGUGAACACUUAAUGGUGAAAAGUCAUGGCCCUUCUCCCACAGGAUUUGUAGCCAAUCAGGGCAAAGAAUUUAAACACGUGUAGAGUAUUAUUUUAUCAUAAAUCAAGGGGGAGACAGAUGACUGGUGGUUUGGGCAGUUGGAGAAUUCAACUUGGAAAACUGUUCUGAAGUGGCAUUGAGAUUGAGUGACUCAGCUUUGCUUCCCAGUUUUGGCCUCCAGAGCAGGAAGCAGAAGAGUGGGGGGCUAUGAGGAGGCUCCCCGGGCUGGAACAGUAUGAAAGCAGCCAACCUCCGCUCCCACGCCUGGCCGCAUGGGGGAUAAUAACUGGGUGCUGUUUCCCCUGCCUUUCAUCUGAGGAGUUCAAAGCACCUUAACCCUAUUAACACCACACACAGUUGUUAAUACUGGUGGGGACGAUCACCAGUGCAAGCCAGGGAAACUGAGGCCAGGAGGUACUGCCUGGGGCUCCCUAUGAGUCACCUAUGGGGACUGGAGCCCAGGAAUCCUGACGCCCAGGCAGCUGGACAAAUCCUUCACCAGUUAGAGCAUGAGGGUGGAUGCUGCCCUUUUUGAAACUAGUACCGAUAGUUGUGGUCAUGGGUUUUGAUGCUUACCCCAUCACGGAGGCCCCAGCUCUCACCAAAGCACACCAGUUGGAAGGAAGGCGUCAUUUAGAACUUUAUGGCCUCACAUCCAAGCGCCCUCGGCAUUUAUUCUCUGCAGUUAUGGAGUGGAGGAUGGAAAUAUUCAGGACUUUAUUUUCCAGCCUUGGUGUGACAGCAAGGCUGUCUUCUCUUCUGGUAAAUGGAGUUCUGUUUACCUCCCACUGAUAGCAACAUGAUUUUCUCUUCCCUCUGUCAUGGGGAGGGGACAGCUAAUGCAGAAAAGCAGAGGCAUCUGGGUUUCAAGUGAGGUCUGUUCAGUGUGAAGUUUGUAGGGUAAGAGAAAAACCAUCCUCAAUUUGGCUGGCAUAUGACAACCAUCCUUAAGACUUUUAUUUAUUUUUGAAUUUUUUUUUCUGGGGUGAGGUAGUUAGGUUUUAUUUGUUAAUGGAAGUACUAGGGAUUGAACCCAGGACCUCGUGCAUGCUGAGCAUGCACUCCACCACUGAGCUAUACCCUUCCCUCCUUAAGAUUUCUUUUUUUCCUGAUAAAAAUAGAGAAGUAAAAAACUUGGAAAAUGAAAAUGUCACCCAUAAUCCCACCACACAAAUAAUAUUUAUAAUUUAUAAUAAAUUUCCUAUUCAAAUGUAUAAA